GUUUGUCCUUAUAACUCACACAGAUGUGACGUGAGUAGCAGACGAGGUUGAGGCCACCUGGCACCUGUGUCGUGUAGGACCAGUCGACAGCGGCUCCGGUCCGAAUGCCCGCUCCUUACGCCAUCCUAGAGGCGGCUACUGCCCUCGUGGGGCUGGUAGGGAGCCUCUUUAUGGUUUUAGUGAUCUCUGUGGAUUCUUGGGAGGAAGCUGAUUUCUCUUUAAAUGCCGUUAACAAUUCUUACCUUCAAGUUACUGUGGCAGCCUCAAAUUCUGAGUUGAGCAUCUAUAGUAGUCGAGAUUUGCUGACGGACCCCUGGACCACCUACUAUUAUUAUUACCAGUACUGGGGACUUUGGAAGAUAUGUGAUCUACUGACAGAUACAGCACGUGCCACCAUGCAGUCGACAGGUAAACAAGUCAGGGGCAAACUUUUGUACAUUUUUGUAAAUGACCGGAAGCAGUGUUUUAACUUCCUGACUGACUACGACGAAGAAUCUAGAACUGUGUCAGCAAAUACCAAAUCAUUCAUGGGUCUGCAUAAUUCCACAGUGGUGUGUUUCAUGGUGACUAUCAUAGACCUGAUUGUGGCCAAUUUUCUGGCAGCCCUGGGGAUCUACAAGAAACAUGUACCCGUCUGUAUGGUAGCAGGUGCUCUCUACUGUAUUGCAAGUGUGUUCAUAUUUUUUGGUCUCGUUAUUUUCCAUGUGAAUCAUCAUUACGAGCAAUACUACUGCCAAGCAUUAUAUGACAUCCAAGACCACAUAUGCUCCAGUCGGUCGGUCAGUAUAGGCUGGCCAGUCCCGGUUGCGUGGUUUGGCCUGAUUCUUUGCGCGAUGGACAGUGUAUUAUGGGUGUUCCUGACGCAGGCAAUGAGAAUCAUAAAAACGAAGACGAUGAGUGAUCGGUACUAGUUAUUUCUGGUGAAAGAAUAUUGUAUGGCAUUCCUAACUUCUAUCAGAAGAUAUGGAAUCACUUGGUCUGUGAUGCGAAGCAAAAUCUUUGGAUUUUGUCUUCAGAUUUGUUUAUUUAUAAUAUGUAAACUUUUUCCGUCCCUUGUAAUCCCGUCCUUAGAGAACAGCAAUGCAAGAAAUUAGAAGUACACUUGUGUCAAAUAAAUUGUUCAUAAUUGAGAGAGGUGAAUUAUUCCGUGCCUUUAAAAUAAAAUACACAAAUCGGUACACGACGCACAAAUUGUGUAUGAAUUGAAUAUCAGCAUUUUGUAUUAGUAUGUACAGUAGACCUGGCAUUAUUUUAAUGUUGCAUUACAAGAGUUGGUGUUGAUUGUCGUGUUGUUGAUGAAAUAUAAAUAAACAGCGUACCAAUACUAGACCUAUAUGUUAGCUUACUGAAUCAUACAAAUUUCUCAAAUGGAAAUUCAAAAAAGCAAUAAGUAUUAAUGGUUCUUUAAAAAACCACUCCAUAAGACGCGACAGAUGUACAACUGUUUUAGAAUUAAUAUCUGUAUUUUGUU